CUGCCUGGCGAAGGCGCGGACGGCGCGCGGAGGCGAGCGCGGGGAAGAGCCGCCGGCGCCACAGCCGCCGUCAGGGCAUGAGGAUGGCCGUGGGUUCCGUCAAGAUGCAGCCGCCGUGCGAGAGCCCGGCUCUGGCCGCAGUGGCGGCCGUGGCGGCGGCGGACGGCGCCCUGCGCCGCAGCCCCAGCGCGCGCGAGCCGGAGCGCGAGCAGCUGCCGGUGGCUCCGCGGCCGCGGCUGCGGGACCUGCCGGCGCUGCUGCGGAGCGGGCUCACCUUGCGGAGGAAGCGCAGCGCCGCCGGGGGCCGGACUCUAUCAAGAAGAAUUUCCAAUCCAUACCUCGAACAUACUCCAUCCCAGAUUUAUGGGGAGAAUUCUUCUUGUGCAGGAAGAGCGUUGCGGAAUAUUAUCAUCGUUCAGGCAGCUGACCUGAUAAAGGACAGAGCGAACCUCAAGGGGUUUUAUAGGAGAAGCUGCGUCGGGUCAGAACUGGUCGACUGGCUUCUAGAACACUGUCCUUUCGUCCAGUGCAGAUCUAUGGCCAUAGGGGUCUGGCAGCUCCUGCUGGACAUGGGGAUUCUGUCAUCAGUGGACCAGCAUUUGUACUUUCAGGACACCUGUGCUUUCUACCAGUUCUCAUCUGACGAGUGUAGCUACUUGUACUGUGAGUUUGAGAGAGAAGAGGAGUGGCAGAACGGUGUCAGACUCUUACUGCAGCUCGUGCCUCUCGUUCCCAGUCGAGCUGGCGUCUGUGAACUAUCUCAUCAGAAAAUUGAAGACUCAGAAGAGAGCAGUGAUGAAAUUCUUGCCCGUCUAACAUCUGCGGUGCAGAGAGAGCUAGCAGCUGUUAUUGCUUUGAAAGCAAGGAAGUCUGCACUUGCACAAGAUGAAGAAAACAGUGACAAACACGUGACUGUGACAGAGGCUGAAGCUGCUGCAGAUCCUCAGGCCGGCAUGAUGUGCAAACUUCAGGAGAGAGAUGAUAUCAGGAGAAUUGAACUGGUCCAGAAGCUGGCAAGAGAAAGCUGUCAGUUUUUGCAGGCGGACAAAAAAGAACAGGAGAAAUCUGAACACCAGGAUGAUGAAGUGUGGACGGUUGAGGUGAAGGAGCAGGACCAGAAUGUCCUGGUGCUGAAGAAAGUGCAGAGCUGCGGCCCAGCCCCCCAGGCGGGGAGCGCCGAGAGCGAUUGGAGAUACGUGGUCGUGUCCGGGACCCCGGAGAAGAUCUUGGAGCACCUUUUGAAUGACUUGCACCUGGAAGAAGUCCAGGACAAAGAAACAGAGACUCUCCUUGAUGACUUCCUUCUCACGUACACAGUCUUCAUGACAACUGACGACUUGUGCCAGGCGCUGUUGAGGCACUAUUCUGCUAAGAAGUAUCAAGGCAAAGGAGAAAAUUCAGAUGUUCCUUGUCGGAAACGGAAGGUCUUGCAUCUUGUUUCCCAGUGGAUUGCUCUGUACAAAGACUGGUUACAUGAAGAUGAACAUUCAAAAAUGUUUUUAAAGACCAUCUACAGGAAUGUGCUGGAUGAUGUCUAUGAAUACCCAAUCCUUGAAAAAGAGCUGAAAGAAUUUCAGAAGAUACUUGGAAUGCACCGUCGUCACACUGUGGAUGAAUACUCACCGCAAAGGAAGAAUAAAGCCCUUUUCCACCAAUUCAGUCUGAAGGAGAACUGGCUGCAGCACAGAGGAACUGUGACAGAAAGUGAGGAAAUUUUUUGCCACGUGUACAUAACGGAGCACUCCUAUGUCAGCGUGAAGGCCACUGUUUCCAGUACAGCCCAAGAGAUCCUGAGGGUUGUAGCAGAAAAGAUCCAACAUGCAGAAGAGGAUCUGGCUCUGGUAGCCGUCACCUUCUCUGGGGAAAAGCAUGAGCUUCAGCCAAACAACUUGGCCAUCUCCAAAUCCCUUGAUGCCUCUGGUCGGAUAUAUGUCUACCGGAAAGACCUGGCUGACACUUUGAAUCCAUUUGCAGAAAAUGAGGAAUCACAGCAAAGGUCGAUCAGGAUUUUGGGAAUGAACACUUGGGAUCUUGCUCUGGAAUUAAUGAAUUUUGAUUGGAGCCUUUUCAAUUCAAUUCAUGAGCAAGAGCUGAUCUACUUCACAUUCAGCAGACAAGGAAGCGGGGAGCACACAGUGAACCUCAGCCUGCUGCUCCAGAGAUGCAAUGAGGUCCAGCUCUGGGUGGCCACGGAGAUUCUGCUCUGCAGCCCACUGGGCAAGCGAGUGCAGCUGGUGAAAAAAUUCAUCAAAAUUGCUGCUCACUGCAAAGCCCAGAGAAACCUGAACUCCUUCUUUGCUAUCGUGAUGGGUCUCAACACUGCUUCUGUGAGCCGGCUGUCUCAGACCUGGGAGAAAAUCCCUGGGAAGUUUAAGAAACUUUUCUCUGAACUUGAAAGUUUAACAGAUCCUUCCCUGAAUCACAAAGCCUACAGAGACGCAUUCAAGAAAAUGAAGCCACCCAAAAUCCCCUUCAUGCCGCUAUUGCUUAAAGAUGUAACAUUUAUUCAUGAGGGAAAUAAAACAUUUCUGGAUAAUCUUGUCAACUUUGAAAAACUGCAUAUGAUCGCCGACACUGUCCGAACCCUGAGACACUGCAGGACUAACCAGUUUGGAGGCGACAUGUCUCCAAAAGAGCACCCGGAGUUAAAGUCCUACGUGCAUCACCUGUACGUCAUUGACAGCCAGCAAGCCCUGUUCGAGCUCUCGCACAGGAUUGAGCCGCGGGUAUGAGCCCCACCACACACUGCCUCGCCUCCCCCGGAACCGCAGCGCCAAGCGUGUUAUGUUCCUGCAAGAAAAGUUGCUGAGUUUUAUCAGCGUAUCACAAUAAGAUGCACACAGCAAAGCCAGCCAGAGCGUACUCAGGAAGUGAUGUCAGCCACCUGAGUUGGGGAGAGGCUGCUAUCGAAAGGAGACGGCAGAAGAGGAGGCAGAAACUUUCCCGAAAUGAGAAGUCUGGCUUUUUAGGAUCACCAUGUCGAGCCAAUCCAUUGUUCACUUUGCGAUGUGCCAGCGUCAAGGCAGGAGGCUGCCCCUUGUCCUACGGUGACCAGACAGCUCGGUUAGAGUGCACAGCGGGGAGCUUUACUUGGCCUGGCAGUAGAUGGCUGUUUAUAGGCUGUCAAAGUAGGAGCUCGUUUGAACACUCAAAGGCAGUGAUGGCAUCUCUUGGUUUCUAUGGAGAUGGACUGGUUUCCAUCGUUACAAACUAGGACAUCACCAAAAGCUACUUGUGUCUAAGGAGGCAGUGAGCACUGGCAGCUGCCACCCCUGCUCUAAUCUCCAGAAGAGAAAUGUCGAGGCAUGCAUUUCUUAGCAGCUCAGUCACUUAGUGCUGUAUGCUUGUGGGUAAAAUUCAUCUCUGCACAACUUGAUUUACAACUGUAAGUGAGUUAGACUAAGUUGCUUUGCCAAUACCGAAAAAUAGUCAUCUUUAAGAAACUGACUCACUGUUUACUUUCUGGGGAUUUUCUUUACCUGUGCAGACAGGCUCUCAUCUCUCCUCAAAUACAGUACAAUUUUUGACAAAAGCACAGUGCCUGCCACGUCGCAGGCACUCUGUAACUGUUUCUGGGGGUGACAGUCACAAAAGUCCAUCUUCUUGCUCCUGGCAGUGCCCUCGUGUUCUCACGCUACGGCCACCUCGUGCCUACACUCUGGAAUGAGGACCGCCAGUACAGGGGGUCUACGUGGGAUUUGAUGUGUGGAGCGCUUAGUGCUCCCUGGAGCAGAAGAAGGGAUAUAAAACAGUGGCAAUGGCCUGUCUUUCAGCAGAUGAAAAGAGCCCCCAGAGAUCCAAAUAUCUGAUUUAUGUUGGACACUUAGAAGUCCUGUAGCCCACCUCCCAACCAAGGCAGGGGGCCUUUCUAUAAUUUGCCUCUUUUUUCUUCUCAAAGCCUCAGAGUCUUUUAGAUCUCUUUUUAUUUCCAUUUUUAGAGAUUGGGGCUCCUACGAUAAAUAAGACCUCUGGCUGUUCUCACGAACUGGUUUGCUGCAACCUUCAAAUGAACAAAAAAAACCUGUGGGAAACAAUAUUGAAAUCCAUUCCUGUCAGCCAGAUCCUUGUCACUCUGCUUAAAUACAAAGUUCCUGCUUCCCAUAUUAGGUCCAUUCAUUUCCACACGUGUGACCCUGGCGCCCCUCUCGCCAGCCCUGGCAGCUCCUCUCCUCGGUGCCUGUACAGAACUGCUUCCUCGCCUCUCAUCAGCACUUCAGCACUGAGAUGCGUCCAGGGCUUUCUGACACCUUCGUAGCAGCGCUGUUCCCUGGGCUUGGCAACCACGCUGACCUGGAGAGAUCACUCGAAAGAACCACAUGGAGCAAAUUUGGGGAGGACUUUGAGAGCGAGUCUGUCCCAUUGCGUCCUUCAGUCCUGACAAUGAACAGGGCUUGACAGAAAGGCACCAUCCUGGGUUGGUCCACUCAGAGAAAUGCCCCAGGCAGCUGGGAAUGGAAUGAGACUCACUGGAAGAGAUCAGAACCAGGGAAAAGCAAUUUCUCUCGAGGCUGAUCAAACAGUGAGGUGCUCCCCUUGGCGAUUACUGGUGACGGUGUGGGCUGUCAGCACCAGUGCGUGUUUUGGUCUUUUCUCUGUUCUUAGGGAGUAGCAUUUAGCCAUUCUGAUCCUGUGAGGCUGUUUUGGCAUCAUCUCUGUGUUUUAGAGUUUGAGUGAUUAUUUGCAUUAGAUUUAUACUGCUCUGUCUAGGACUGCUGCAGUUGCCCCAGUGGAGAACUAUUUCAGCGCGGCACCUGCUGCUUGGACCUCAGCUCAGAUAUGUGCCUGGCCAAACAAAUCCACGUGUACGUCAGGCCCAAACAGAUUCUGAGGGUGUAUUCAGUUUACCCCCAUGUGGUAUGAGUGGAAACAGACUGGGGAGAGAACGGCGCUUGCCUGCUGUUUCCCCCAGUCAUGGGGCUCACUGGCUCUCGGGGUCUCCCCCAGUCAUGGCGCGCACGUGGCUCUCGGGGCAGCAAAAGGAAAGGAGGAUUUUGUUCUGUUUAGAUGUGCUUUUCCAUCCCCAUCUUCUGAAAGUCAUAAUCUCCAAAUCUUCCUGAAAUUUAACAACAGUCUCUAGAGGUUUCUCUGGCAGCAGGUCUCAGAAAUUUCAGAAGCACUGAGAAGGCCUGAAUCUGGAACUGAAGGAUUCAAGGCAGGAUCAUGGGGACCAGAUCAAGCUUAACAUGAGACUCUUUCUAACAAGGCUGGAGUUGUCCCAGUGGACAGGCUGCUCGGAAUUGAAGCCGGGUCCCUGUUAACAGGGGUAGGUCAUAUUCCCGCACCGGGAAGAUGUAUAAGCUCCUUUCCAACUAUAUUAGAUUUUCACAGUUGCACAAAAUCUCCGUUCACUCUGAAACAUCUCACGUAUCUGCAACCUUCACCAGCGAGGAGUGCGUGGGCCCUUCUAAAAGGGUUCUUUUUGCUACAGCACAACUUUCAGACAGUCCUGUGUGUCUUUGGAUUUGUCAGCAUUCCAGCAAACCAGCCCUCUUUAGAAGUUAGCAUAGGACAGUGUGCUCGUUGAUCAGUUGUGUCUGAUUCUUUGUGGCUCCAUGAACUGUAGCCCACCAGGCUCCUCUGACCAUGCGAUUCUCCAGGCAAGAAUACUGGACUGGGUAGCGCCAUUCCCUUCUCUAGGGGAUCUUCCCAAACCAGGGGCUGAACCCAGGUCUUGUGCAUUGCAGGCAGAUUCUUUACCAUCUGAGCCACCAGGGAAGCCCCAGCAACAGUUCCCAAUAGGCAAAAUCAUAACCAUUCCAAAAAUAUGAAAUUUUUUCAUACACAUUUGCAGAUGCUCUAAAGACCAGUUUUUAAAAUUCACUCUGUUACAAUCUGUACCAUUGCUGAAUGGUUGUAGUGAUACUUAUUAUCACCUGCAUUUACUUUAUCCUGAUAUUUCAGAAUAAAUUUAUUGUCUUAGAUCCCUAUCCACAAGCAAGUUGGGUAGAGCAUACCUGAAAUUCCGAGGCAUGAGGACAAAGUAAAAGCCCACCCCUCUCAAUUUGUGGGGAGAGGUGUACUCACCUUUACGUAGGGAGAAACAGUAGUGUGAAAGAGAAGGUGUUGGUGGCUUUCAAUCCCUGGAGCUUGGCCUUGACGCCUGCCCUGAUCCCCGCCCUGCGGUUUUGUUGUGGGCAUCACUCACCACAGAUCCCAAGUGUCCCUGGGUGGCACAGGGACUCCGAACUUCUCAGAAACUAGGGGCAGAUCAGAUCCACUGUGGUGGUCUAACGUGGAGUUUCUUUUAUAUGCGGUCUAAUGCGGAGUUUCUUUUAAAUGCUUCAAAGACGUGUCCUUAAAAUUUCAGCCUGCUUAUUAACCAGUGAGCCAUUGUGCUUAGAACCAGUGCUGGAAAAAUGUUUUUUAAAAUUGCCAAAAAGUUAAAUGAAAAUGUACUAUAUAAAGCAAAGCUGUAUAUAUACUAAACAUUUUUUAGCAGAGUACUAUUUAUUUGCAUAGCCUAUUUAUUGUAUUCGUAUUACACUGUUAUUAAAGACUGGGAUGAAGUCAACCAGAAGCAAGGACUCUUGACUGCUGUGACCUUGUCAGCUUGCAUUAACAGUUAGAAGAUAGAAAACCUGCAAUCAGGGCGCCUACCUAACUUCUCAGGGACUACACUUCGUAGUUUUCCACCAUUAGAAGAGCUGGUAAAUAUGAAACACUUGUGGAGUUACCAGAAUUGCCAUUAACAGUAUUUUCUUUCUCAUAUCUCAUGCUUUCUGCUUCUGUACAUAUGACUGUGCUGUGUAUUUAUCAAAGCUAGUAAGCAAUAAUUUAUAUGUAAAAAUGGCCAAGCAAUAUAAGGUGAAAACUUACAUAAGUUACUGUUACCUUGUAUUUUCAAGUGUUUUUUUUAAAAACUGCUUUUCCAAAUACAAGAUUAUGUUAAAGAUACACUA